UGAACCCAUUACCUCUUUGUUACAGGCAGGCGCGCUAACCACUAUGCCACGGCGCCGGUUGAACAACACUAUAUAUAAAGCAUCAAAGAGAAAUGAAUUACCGGUUGUAAAUAUAUACCUAUGUUUAUAACAAACCGUAUGAGUAUUUACUAAGUUAUGUAACUUAUAUUUGUGUAUGAUCAGGUAUUUGUAAGUUAUGUUAGUAGGUAAACCCUCAGAAAUAAAAAAAUGAGUAGAACGCGCAACUGCCCAAAACCGUGAUAUAUUCUUUUUUCUAUUCACGUGACCGCCUACUUCGUCCCCAUUUCCCUGGUCUCCAAUGUACAAGAUAUGGCGCAUAGUAGUUUUAGAACAUUUUAGCUGUUUAUUUCAAAGACGACUCCAACUAUCCAAGUUUAAUAGGCCAGUUUGUUUUUUUUGGAAGGUUAACGUUCACAGUUUACCACUUAGGAAAUUUAAUUAAAAACCUUCAAACAUAACAACUUGUUUUUGGCAUUGCGCAGACAAACAUGCGACCAAUUAACAACAUUGUUGUGGAUUUGUUUAGGAAAAUGUGUAUGUUUAAAGUUCUAUGUUAGGUCCUUCAUCUACAUUCUAUAUUUAUUUAACUUCAAGACAAUACUAAAUUUUUUUUUAAAUCCUUAUUCCAUUGUAUUUGUGUGUCAUAAAAAGUUCUCAGUUAAAUUUUGAAUCCACCGAACCAAUAUAGUCAUAUAGGUUACAUAAAUCUAAUUUCAAACUGUAAUUUCUCCUUGUUUAUCAGUCCUAAAACAGUUACUAAAACGGUUAGACUAAACAAAUAAGGUAUGUGCAUUAAAUAAUUGAAGCAGCACUGAUGUUAAUUUAUACGAAUGCAUUCAAAUUGUAAAUCGAUUGAAUGGCGAUUAGUUUAAUAUUGAUUAUAAAUUAUUUAAAAGUGAAAACAAGUUACUACGAUUUCUAGCCAUUUUAAGCUACUUUCGAUUUUAUUACUGUUCUAAUGAACCAUUAGUUCGGAACAAAAGAACAACUGCUCCCCGAUGCUUAAUAAAGCCAUAAACCUAGAACUCAAAUCACGUUUCUCAGAACAGUGCUAUAGGAAUAUAGAGCUUUCACAAGACUUAGCUUUCAGUUGCUUUGAAAUGAAUUUUUCACAUGAAAUGUUAGAUCUUAGUGAAGGUUGUGGGAACGUUAAUAAAUCGAAUAAAGUGAAUAAUGGAUGUAAACACAGUUCUCACCAAACCAAAAAAGUUCAUUUUACUCCUCCCCUUUCCCCACAAAGUGAUAUACAGGAAAGAGCCGUUCACAAAUCUGGUCGAACUGCUUUGUUUGUAACGUCUUUCUUGGCAAUACUCUUGUCUCUUCUGGGAAUCGGAGGGGGCAUGAAGUUGUAUCAAAUGAUAACCGAUGUAACGUUUCGCACACAAUCGUUAGAAUAUGACAUAUUGGGUGUUUCGAAAGAUGUACAAAGUUUGCCAUCAUUAACACUGGAUGACAAACAGGUUAAGACCAUGGCGAAAAAACAUGGCGGCUUAUUGUUGGAUCUGCUAAAAAAUACAAAUUACCUCAGUGGUAAAACAAGACAACUUUAUCUCUGGGCCAAUUACUCUGCAUGCAUAAAGGGAAACGAUUUUAUUAACGGAAAUUAUUGCUACCGUCUUAUUCCAUACCAACUUGAUUUUUGGGAGGCGGAAAACUUUUGUUUUGUUCGAGGUGGACAUCUUGCUUUUAGUGACAACGAAGAAACGUGGAAUUCGACUUUGUCCUUUUUAUGGAAAAUUGGAUUUAAAGAAAAGGAAAUCUGGACCGGUGUAUAUAAGGAUAUUUUAGGUGUUUGGAAAUACAGCAACGGUCAAAAAGUGAGUUAUGCAAAAUGGGCAAGUGGAAACUUAUUUGAUGACGGGGACGAUUGUUCGUUAAUGCGUAUAGGCUCUUUGUAUUCCAGUUCUGCAAUGUACGAUCGGAGAUGUACAAUGAACCCACACGCGUUUCUUUGUCGUUAUAAGUUGCCAACGGAUUAGAAUGUUUUGCUAAAGGCUUUGUGAAUUUUGCAAAUAUACAUAAUAACAUCCUUUUCAUCAUAUAAUAAGGUGGGGGAAGAUGGGAAACCUGUUUAUUCUAUUUUCUCGCCAAAUUUGGUAGUAAACAAAAAACAGUGAAAGAAUUCCAAAACCGUUCACAACUUCCAUAUAGACCGUUGUUAGUUGUUUAAAACAUGAACUGGAUAUUUGAAUAUUAUGUCCUAAAGGUGUCCUAUCUCCCCCUUACUAUAUAUUAAGCAUGUCUUCUUACUUGUUAUAUUGUCGUGCUUUAUUGAGUAUUCGUAAUAUAAUUGAUAACACCA